GGUUCUUCCUCCUCCCGCGUGUCUCCCCCUCCUCCCCUGUCCCUUCUCCUCCCUGUCCCUCCUCCCUUCCCUGACCCUCAGGGCGCUGGAGACCGCCCCCCAUCCCCUGAUCAGCUACACAUUUUACAACCAGUGCACUUAGGUUGGGGAGGGGUCUGUGGUGCGUCGGUGGGGCCCACGUCCCCCUCCCAACUUCUUGGAAUCAGCGACCCGCGCUGGCCUGGCUGCCGGGCUUAAGCCCUCCGGGACCAAAGACACAAGCUCGAGUUUCCUUUGAGAAAAGAAAGCGGCCAAGAAUGUGGGGGAGAAACUCCCCUGUAAUUAGGAUCUCCAGAAUGUUAUGGAACAGUUCAAUCCUGGGCUUCGAAAUUUGAUAAACCUAGGGAAAAAUUAUGAGAAAGCCGUAAAUGCUAUGAUCCUGGCAGGAAAAGCCUACUAUGACGGAGUGGCCAAGAUUGGUGAGAUUGCCACCGGGUCCCCCGUGUCGACUGAACUGGGCCAUGUCCUCAUAGAGAUUUCAAGCACCCACAAGAAACUCAACGAGAGUCUUGAUGAAAAUUUUAAAAAAUUCCACAAAGAGAUUAUCCAUGAGCUAGAGAAGAAGAUAGAACUUGACGUGAAAUAUAUGAAUGCAACUCUAAAAAGAUACCAAACAGAACACAAGAAUAAAUUGGAGUCUUUGGAGAAAUCCCAAGCUGAGUUGAAGAAGAUCAGAAGGAAAGGCCAAGGAGGACGAAACGCACUCAAAUAUGAACACAAAGAAAUUGAGUACGUGGAGACCGUUACUUCUCGUCAGAGUGAAAUCCAGAAAUUUAUUGCAGAUGGUUGCAAAGAAGCUCUGCUUGAAGAGAAGAGGCGCUUCUGCUUUCUGGUUGACAAGCACUGCAGCUUCGCAAACCACAUACAUUAUUAUCACUUACAGUCUGCAGAACUACUGAAUUCCAAGCUGCCUCGGUGGCAGGAGACCUGCGUUGACGCCAUCAAAGUGCCAGAGAAAAUCAUGAAUAUGAUCGAAGAAAUAAAGACCCCAGGCUCUACCCCCGUGUCCGGAACACCUCAGCCUUCGCCUAUGAUCGAGAGAAGCAAUGUGGUUAGGAAAGAUUACGACACCCUUUCUAAAUGCUCACCAAAGAUGCCCCCCGCUCCUUCAGGCCGAGCGUACACCAGUCCUUUGAUCGAUAUGUUUAAUAACCCAGCAACGGCCACACCAAAAUCAGAAAGGAUAAAUAAUUCAACAGAUACUUCCGAAGAUCCCAGUUUACAACGAUCAGUUUCGGUUGCAACUGGACUGAACAUGAUGAAAAAGCAGAAAGUGAAGACCAUCUUCCCGCACACUGCGGGCGCCAACAAGACCUUACUCAGCUUUGCACAGGGAGACGUCAUCACGCUGCUCAUCCCCGAGGAGAAGGAUGGCUGGCUGUACGGAGAACAUGAUACGUCCAAGGCGAGGGGCUGGUUCCCGUCGUCAUACACGAAGUUGCUAGAAGAAAGUGAGACGGAAGCAAUGACUGUGCCCACACCAAGCCCCGCGCCGGUGAGAAGCAUCAGCACCGUGAACUUGUCUGAGAGCAGCAGUGUUGUCAUCCCCCCACCCGACUACCUGGAAUGCUUGUCCAUGGGGGCAGCUGCCGACAAGAGGGCAGACCAGGCCAGAACUACAUCCACCUUCAAGUCGCCGGCGUCCAAGCCAGAGACCGUGGAUCCUAAUGAUGCCAACGGGACUGCGAAGCCACCUUUUCUCAGUGGAGAAAACCCCUUUGCCACUGUGAAGCUCCGCCCGACCGUGACAAAUGAUCGCUCAGCGCCCAUCAUUCGAUGAGAAGACAGCCAAGGACUCUCCGGGGCCUCUCCUGUUCUCCCUUUUGGAAUGAUGGGCACGUCCUGUCUGCCUCGUGCUGUCGGGAAGCUUCAAAGGAGGAGCCUGACUGAGCAAAUCAUGCUUCUGUUUCACAUAGUUGGGUUGACACGUUUCUGCCUUUAAGAUAACUGAGUAAUAGUCUAAUGACCAACUCAAUCAUUUAAAAUAUUUUCUUUUUAUUCUGUUCAAGAAGCAAUGAGCAUGGUUUCAAUCUUUACUGUAUUUUUUUAAUGAAUUUUUUUCCUUAAUAAAGCCAGAAUAAGGGAUAGUCUA